AGGAACAGUUUGUCCCACCGGCGUUUUAUUCAGCAGCAGAAGGUCGUCCGCGGCUCUGCGGGGUUUGACAGUACUGUACACCAAAAGUAGUCUAAAUAAUUGUUAUUGUAGGACGUUUUUUUUUUUUUUUGGGGGGCUUUGUGAAUAUUUCUGGGGGGUGAAACAAAUAGAGGAACGCGGCUUUACGGGCUCGUUAUGAAACGUUGCUAGCUGCUAACGUUAGCGGUUGACGUUAGCUGCGCUGACAGCACUGAAAGUGAAGGCAGCUAACUAGCCUGCUAACCGGCUAAUGCUACGUGUAAUAUUGGGACACCCUCACUGAAGCAGGGUGUUUGAAGUGGACCACCCACUGGGUUCAGCUCCUCUAGACCCAGGAUCCUUCCUUGAACUGAGCGGCUGGUUUGAUGGCAGCCACCGCCAGUGCCCGGCGGUUACCCAUGGGUGUGCGGACAUUCAGUGACUUUCUCCAGGUCGCCGCCGUGGGCUCCCCUCGGGUGGGCUCCCCUCGGGUGGGUCGUACGGCAGCUCCGAGAGGAUGUUUGCGACAAAACAUCAGACACUUGUCAUCAUGUGGCAUUUUGAUGACAAGAACCCCCAGAGUGCUUUGCCUUCAAGACUGGGACACAAUGACGGCUGUUCCUCAAAGCAGAAACUUCAUCAGUCUCACCAACAAAAGGAAGGAGUACUCCGAGCGUAGGAUACUUGGGUUUUCUAUGCAGGAGAUGUAUGAUGUGGUGGCCAAUGUGGACGAGUACAAGCUCUUUGUGCCCUGGUGUAAGAAGUCCCAGACCAUCAUGAAAAGAGCCGGCCACUCGAAAGCCCAACUUGAAGUGGGAUUCCCUCCAGUUGUGGAGAGAUACACAUCUAUGAUCAGUAGUGUUCGGCCUCAUCUAGUCAAGGCCGUGUGUACAGAUGGAAAGCUGUUCAAUCACCUGGAGACGAUAUGGCGCUUCAGUCCUGGCAUUCCCGGUUACCCUCGCACCUGCACGGUAGACUUUUCUAUAUCCUUUGAGUUCCGCUCUUUGCUGCACUCCCAGUUAGCCACCAUGUUCUUCGAUGAGGUUGUAAAGCAGAAUGUCGCCGCGUUUGAGCGGCGAGCCUGUAAGCUCUACGGUCCAGAGACUCGCAUCCCACGAGAGCUGAUGUUUCACGAGGUGCAUCAGACGUGAUCUCAACACCCGUAUUUGUCCUCAUCCGGCCUUAAAUCAUACCAACCUUUUAUUUCCUUUAUCCACACGAACCUGCAUGAUGCUGCUUAGUCACCCAUCACGUCAAGUCUCCAUCGCCAUCAUGGCUCCUGAAGAUGUUUCACAGCCGACUCCUGUAAGCAUUAUGUUGGAAUUGCUGCCUCAACAGGUUCUCGCUAAUCUCCUCCUCCUCCUCCUCCUCCUCCUCCUUGUGUUACGUCUGUCCACUUUCUGUCUACCUCCAACUUGAAGGGAUCCUUGUUUAGCAGAAGGACCUCACCAUUGCUCUUGCUCCAUGGCAGUUACAAGCUGUAUUUAUGUAAACAAACAGUAAACCAUUGCAACAUUAUGUCACCAAUGGUAGAGAGUCGACUAUUAUUUUAAACAAACAGCACAGUGACACUCAACAAAAUUUUUAACUGGGAUCUUAUAGUUUGACUGUGACCUGAAGGUCGUUUGCCAAACGGACACGUUCGCGAGUCACAGUGUGUCCAGUUUUUUAGUUCACCAGUUACCAUCAUCACUUUGAUCAGCUGAUAAUACUGUAUUAGGAAAGCUUGUUCUUUGCCUUUACUUUUAUUAUUCACAUUUAUUUCAAAUGGAAGUUUAUUAUAUCGUUUGACAUAUAGUAGUGAACUUGGUGCAAAACGAUAACUUAUUUCAUCCUUUUUAAUUUAUCCAUCAGUGGUUAUAUGCACAUUUUUAUUAGUUUUAUUGGGGUUCAGAUUAAAUGUGCCAUGUCUGGGAUGUCAAGAGAGUUUGCAAAAGGGGGGGAAAAGGGUAAUUUCUUAUUUAGUCAGCUGUGCCCUCAAUUGGCUUUGAGGUUUGGGAAAUGUAUCUUUUAACUUGGCUGUUGUUGUGCUGUGAGGAUUGUGUUUUUGGACACCGACACCUGGCCUGCCAAUUAUAAUAAUGCCUUAUUUUACAGCCCAGCGCUUGUAACUAUCCCAAGAUUAACAGAAGUACUCUUAACUUUGCACAAACGGAGCACCUGAAUGACUCCACGGCCAGGCCAGAGAAUACUGUGAAAUACUUACAACAAGAAUGUCACAGAUCAUACAGGAUGUUCUGUAUAUUUAUAUUUAAUGAAAAUAUAGUUUCAGAUGAUCACUAAAUGGUCUGCUUUAAAUCAUGGGACACGUAUUAAUAAUAAUGCAAAUAAGCAAAUUGUAACAGGUUAUGUAAAAGUUUCCCUACUCUGCUUUUUGUAUUUUAUGGUCCAUCUUCUGAAGGUCACCAGGAGGAUGUUACUCCUCUUUACAUUGUGAGUAUAACAUACAAUGCUGGGCUGUAGAAUAAAACAUUAUCAAUGUUAUCAUUGUCUUUGGGUUUCAUGCUUAUAUUUUGUUGAUGUUUUAGCUUUUUAUUUAUAUCCAUUAUCAUGCAUGAAUGUAAUUAACAAAGGCAAAUACAGUCUACUCAACAUUUCCUAGUGUUUAGUGUUGCAUUGUUAGGGCGUGACUACAUUUAGUUGGGAUUUAUAUUUCAUAUCUAAGUAGCCCAUUGGCUCUUUUCCCAGAAUAAAGUGCUCAUAAAGUCAAUUGAUUGUUCUUACCAUUUGAGAGGUGACUGAUAUGGUCAAGUUGCCACACGCCAAUGGAAGAAGUCCUGGCCUUCCAGUUCAUUAUGUCCAUGUGCUCCAAGUCUCAUAAUCCAAUAAAAGAAAAUAGUGUUUUUAAAGCUGUUUUUGGGGCUGUUGGUAAGAUGACUGGAAAUUAAAGCACAUCAAUGCAUGAAGAAUGUGUAUUGAAGCAAAAUUGGUCUGUGAAUCACUGUUACGUAGAAAAUCUAACUUAUUAAAAGAUUGUUAAAUGCCA